UUCCCAAACUAGCAAAUUUGGCUUUUGUAGCUUACGUCUUGCACGUUAAACACUAUAUUGACGUCGUAGUAUUGAUUUCGCAGCCCUUAUUCGACCAAUGCCGGUCUAAUUUAGAUAUUUUUGAAUUUUUGGUGUUACUGUACAGUGUAUAUGAAACACAUGUAGAACUCGAAACUGCACUGCCAAAAUUAAAACAGUCAUGAUGGAUGCAUUGGUUCCGGAGACCUACGGCAAGCGUUGCCAGUAUCAAUACGGCAAUACUGACUACAUAGGUCGCGGGAUGUUUGGUGCUGUGUACAAGGCGCAUGUGGUGGAGCGUCAGGAUUUUGACGGCGACGCAGUUGUGGCUGUAAAAGUCAUUCACUUACACCAGAAUUCACAGCUUGCCAACAAUCCCCAGAAGUGGAAGCGGGUUCGAAGCCGGCUGCAGCUGCUCCUCUCGUUGAGACAUAUAAACUUGGUUCCUUACCACAAAGUAACGAUUACCGGAGCAACAGGCAUUGUCGAAUUAAUGAUGGACUUCUACAGCGGUGGCGAUUUAGCUACGUUCCUGCAGCAGCUAAAAGGAAAUGGUGGACUCCUGGAACAAAGAAGUGUCAUACGCUUUGCGCAACAAAUAACCAGUGGGCUGCAUUAUCUGCAUCAGCAGAAUAUAAUACACGGAGACAUUAAGCCAGGUAAUAUUCUGAUUAAAUUCUCCGAGAAACACCACGAAAUCUUGCUGAUUGGAGAUUUGGAUGACUUGAUUCAAAUGCACCGCGAUGCAACAUGUUCUCAGGAUAUUACACAGCUGCGUGGAACUUCUCGCUAUAUGUCGCCUGAGAUGCUCAGCCGCUUUGCGGAGAUGCCGGGGGAAAUUCCCGGGCGUAAAACGGAUAUCUGGAGUCUCGGAUGUGUUAUUCUGGAAUUAGCAAACAGCGCAAUGGGCUUGCCGGGAAAAUUAUUGCAAAACUCCGGCGAGAUCGUUGCUGUGGACGGUGUUACCCCGGUGUUCAAAUUUAUCACCAUGAUGCUGAAUGGAGCACGUCCGUUUAUUGACCAAAGCAUACCCUCCCUUAUGGCUUCAUGUGCGGGACGCUGCCUAUGUGUUCAUAGUAAAGACAGAAUUGGUGCCGAUAACUUGUUGCUCCAGCUCCUGAACGCAGAGAAAGGAACAACUGUCUCAUCUGAAAUUGCGGUGCUUCGAAUCGACAUGCCAGAUUUUGCAGCACGAUUGACUUGGACAGAUAUUGACGGUUCAACGGCUCCGGUGUACAAGAUGAGCUUGUCCGUACAAUUGCUAAAUACCGCAACGGUGACACUACGCGCAUGGCCGCUCCCUACCGCUUUACGGAACAAACAACUGUGUUAUGGUGGUAAUAAUUUCACAACUCUUGGAAGCGAAAUGGUUUGCCAAUUUCUGCGCUCCGAUGGAACGAUCGAAACCAUCGUUUGGAAUAUAAUCAGACAAUCAUGGCGAGCACUGAACUUGAGUCCAAGAUAUUUCUUCGUAUGUCCAGUCGGAAUUGGAGAGAAAGUGUACUUUUGGGCAAAAGGAAAAAAGUUUGGUGUGGUCCAUGCUACCGAAAACAACAUCCAUUUACUACCGCUUCCAGAUGGCGCUGAUCACUUAAAGUCCAUUUCUGGCGGCUUAUCAAUGGACAACAAACUAAUUUUUUAUGUGCUUUGUAUCGCUUCUGGAUCUACGGAGUCGUUGCGAAUAGCGAGUUUCAACAUAUUAACUUACGACUGGGAAUAUUUUCCAGGAGAAAUUGCAAAACGAACAAAUUUUGCUGUUACAACAUUGCACAGAAAAAUCUACGUACUCGGUGGAGAACCUGCUGACAAGCGGGUGUUGGAUUCAUGUUUGCGCUUCGAUCUGGUUACUCAGUCCUGGGAAACUUUGGGAUCUCUGGUGCAUAACAGGUUCAAUCAUGGUGCAUUCGUGGUAAAUGAGAACAUUUAUGUUUGUGGCGGGAGAAGAAGCUGGCAGGACUAUUAUCCAUUACUGCAAAUGGAACGCUAUGACAUGGAGAAGAAUGUUUGGAUAGAAGAUAAUUUUCAGUCACUGGAAAACAAAUGGUUACCAUGGUUUACCCAGAUUUUAACUAAAAGUUAUUACCGCACGGAUUGUCUGCCUCUUUUUGAUGACCGCUAGGUUUGCAUAUGAGUAGUGGGAUUUUCUCGGCCACCGUUUUUAGCAAGCGUUUGAUUUCAUAACCUGGCAUUCGAUUUAAGAAAUUGACAUAUUUUCGACGUAUUUGUGUUCACAAACGAUUAUGCAGUCCAUCAUGUCUUUGAAAAACAACCAGUUUCCAAGUUUCCCGAUACGCAAAUAUGCGUGUCCCAGACAUCUGCAUGCAAAGGCCGACCAAUGCAGCAAGGUGAUCCAUUGACAUUCGGAUACUUAACAAUGUUUCCGGUUUUGUAUCUCUUGCUGCGCUGACCACAGAUGAAAACCCAUGAUUUUGUGGAGGAUUUCCAGAGCCCAAAGCAUCAUUCAAACGCCAGGGCACAUGCGUAGCGUCAUCAUUUCGCGGUGUCAGAUAAGAAUAACUAUCCAACGGCAUUUUCUCCGCCAACAUGGCUUGUCUUGUAGCAGGAGGAUGACAACCUCCAACGGAUACCGUUUGAGAGGGAAUCAAAGUGGAUUCCACUGGUGCGACACCGUAUGAUGUCCAUGUACUGAUCGUUCUCACAGCUCGCACUACAAACGUAAUUUCCAGGACAAUAAAGAACCCUGCGUAGCCGAUAAUGGUUGGUCCACCAGAACUAUAAUGGAAUUUCUGUUCCCAGGUUACGAUGAGUGCGCCAUGAAUGAUCAUACGAUUUAUACCCACAGACAACAUUAUGCUGAUUACCAUGCAGACAAUGUAGGUUUUGAGAAAUCUUAAACCGGCAUUAAGGUGCUUGACUGAUAAAAACGGUGCAGUCCGAGCACAACAGCGGCCACACACUCUCCCACAAUACUGGUUAAGGUGACCUUUGUUUGUCAGUUAUUUCCUGGUCUGAUUGUUGCCGAUUUUAGCCGUUAGCACUCCCUUGCUUUAUUAAUACUGUUGCCGCUAGACGAACUUCACCACUUUUAGUCUUAGAUCCGGCCGCAGCCUGCCCCUGGCCGGCAAAACGUACCGUAUAAUAUGAG